UAUAAUUGAAAUAAACCUCAGCAUGAAUUCAGACGAUAGCUCUAUAUUUACCACUCCUGACCUACAUGAGCUAUGGGAGGACAUUACAACACCGGUUGGCCUAACACAUCCUGAUGUGUUAGCCACAACUAAGAACCUGGCCAAUCCAAAAUCUGAUAAGAAUGAAGAGCUGAGCCCAAGGGCUCAAAAGCUUAAGAAGAGGAUUCUUGAAAUCCAGAGGCUGAACAAACGUUGUGAUGAGUUUCAAAGAGAUAAAUAAAAGCCUUGAAAGAACAAUUUAUGGACUGAAAGAGAAAAUCCGUGCAAUUCAUGAGCAGCAUAAUCGCGAGAGACGUACACUCAAGAAAGAGAUCAGGGAGGAGCUUCUCUUGGAAUUUGCUAGAGAAAUGGCAAAAGUUGAAGAUCAAUUCAAAGAUGAAAUUAAGCAUUUGACUCACGAAUGGUAUAUUGAGAAAAGCACUAGCGAUCGGAAGAACACUAUUGUCUCUAAACUCUGUAAGAUACUGGUUCAAACAGAAAUGACAUUAACAAACUUCUCCUUAAAAGUUCGGAGCAACUUGGAUGACACCUUAGGUCUCAAUGAUUUUUGGGAUUCUGGCUUUGACCCUGAGCCAAAGAAGAUAUUCCCCAAGAAGAAGGUGGAAAAGAGCAAACUUGAGGAAAAAGUCACUGAGCUUGAGAGCAAGAAUAUUUACCUUGAGUAUGAAGUCAAGAUGACUAAGGACCUCUACGAAGAUCUAGUAAACCAGUGGGAAGAAGCUACUAAAUAAAAUCAGACAACUUGAAGAAGAGAAAAGAUGUCUCAUCAAUGACUAUGAACAUAAAAUGGCUAACCUCUUGUUGAACAGUGAAGAUGAGGUCGCCAAAAUGAAGAAGAAGGUUAUAAAACAACAGUCUCAGUUUCAGGAUUGUAAGAGGAACUUGGUCCAUGAACUGAAAGUUAGAGAAAUAUUGAUAAAUAGACAUCAGAAGUAUGGGGAAGUCCUCAAGACUGAGCUUGCAAAUGCCAAAAAUAUAAUAAAAGAUCCUACAGCUUUAAAGAAAGCUACCAGAGAUUUAAAUUUCCAAAAUCUGAAACUAUACCCAAUCAAGACCAUAGAAGACGAUCUAAGGACAAAUAAAAGCGUUGAGAGGAAGAAGGUCUUCCAAUCAUUCGACUUAUACAAAACCAAGACCAGUCAGCACUCUCGUAGUAUCGAAAAGCACCCUACUAAAUCAUACCUCCUUCGCAAAGAACUCCAGUCCCGUUGCACCAACAAAUCUCUCCAAAAGUUAAUGGACAAGCACAGAGAGGUCGCCAACAGUACUGCUAGGACUAUAAUGACAGUGGUGGCUCCACAAGUGAAGACUCCAGAUAUGGAUACUAGUGGUGAGAAGGGAAACAGGACUGACAGGAUUUUUAGAAUAAAGGUUAAGUAGGAA